AUGUAUUUCGGCAAAGCUAAGUGCUUCCCGGAACAUCGCGAAUUUCGUCAAGACUCCCAACACCAUCCGAUUCAACCCACUCUCCCCCCGAACGAUCCAUCGCCUCGCCGACCGCAACGAAGCACCACUUGUCACUACACGAGACGUGCGAACUUGACAGACGAUAAUUCACAAUGGUAUGUGCAACGGCUUGCGGGCACCUGUCGCGCUACCACAAUUGGCUAA